UGAAUGCUUUUCAUAUUAGUGAUGCAUUAGCAAGAAAUUGUAAUACCUAUAAACAUGUUAUGAGAUUAGUGUUUGCGCAUGAAGGUCAUCAUUAUCUAAGCUGCCGAGUAGCAAGAGUGGAAGAAAGCUACUGAUGAACACUGAUUAAAGGGAUUAAAGCACAUUAAUCCCCCUUGUAUAGUCACUUGUUAGGCUUCACUAUGGAUGAAAUAGACGCAAUUAUUCUUCAUACCUUGCGACAAAUUGGCUGCAAUCUUGACGAGGAUCUAAGCGGUUUAGAUGAAAUCAAGCCGUCGCUAUUGGUACCGAUUGUGUCUCGAUGUAUCGCACUUAUAGAUCCAAGUUUAGAAUUGCCAAAAACGCUUCCACCGGGGAUGGCACAACGUUUCACCGCGACGGCCAGUUUAGCGGAAGCUUGCCGGGCCAUCGGCUACCGACGAGACAUCGGUUAUCAGACGUUUCUUUACUCAAACGUGACGGAGGUGCGUCGUGUGCUAAUGUUUUUAAUUGAACGGCUUCCGAAGGACACUACCGACAAGGCGGAAGGAGCAAGGCAACCUGCGGAUAGGGCGACUAUCUUAGAAAAUCAAAUAGUUUCCAAUUUGCAGGCGCAACUGCAGGCACCAUGGAUGCCUGAGUUUUGCCGAAUAGACGGAACAGAGCCGUUUGUCGCUCCGGACAAGAAUCCGGCGAGUACGUCUGCCACUGUAGCACAGGCCAAAAUUGCUUUCCAACAAUUUAUCCCUAAAAAACUAAACAUUCCUUUCGUGACGCACAGCGAUUUAGUUAAAGAGAUACAGGAAUUUUGGUCAAGACGCAGUCUUGAAUCUCUCGAUCAAGACACUUUGGUGCCGUCUCUAAUCGCUGCCAACGAUGGAGCUAUCAAAUCAAAUCAACCGAUCGAUGCCAUCGACGAAGGGGAUGCUCGGUACAAAUUUCCGCUUGCACCCGAAAAGUUGCUGAGCAAAUACUUUUCUGCAACCGGGAGUGGUGGCCCUGAUAUAAGUCAAGUGAAACAGGUUAAACCUAACACUAGCCUGCCGGCAGAUGCGCCAGUCGUCGAAAGCACCAAUUCGAACCCAGUGAAACUUCCGCUAGAAUCACUACAAAGAGAAAUCGACCAGCUACGAACGGAAAUCGACAAAAGUAAGGAGUUAUACGUUCAGCUGCAAACUGGCCGCCAACAGCAAGACGAAUCGGUAGAAAUGCAUAAAAAAGCCCUAGCCAAACUGAAGGAAGAUAAGAAGUUCAAGGAACGUACUCACAUUCUACUCGAGGAUCCAGAAGUUAAUGUAAAGAAGCUCGAAGCCAUUAUUGCAGCCGGAGGAGAACGUAUGAAGAAACUACAGGACCAGUGGGAUGCACAUCGGACACCACUGGUAGAGACACUGGAAGUGCACAAGGCGAAGAAUUCGGAUAUCUUGUCGAGAUCUCAACCGAUCCUAGACCAAAUCGAGUCUACACGUCGGAAAUGCGAAGAAAUAACGAUCGACUUGCAAACGAAAAGCGCCAUGCACUUGCGGCUACAGAAAGAAUUCGAGAAGCUAAAUAAAACAGUGAGUCGAACGGCGUACACUAGCCGUAUUCUCGAGAUCGUGGGUAACAUUCGUAAGCAGAAGAACGACAUCGAUAAAAUCCUGCAGGAUACGCGUAGCCUGCAGAAGGAGAUCAAUUCGAUCACCGGACAACUCGACCGUCAGUUCACCGUUACGGACGACCUAAUAUUUCGCAAUGCCAAAAAAGAUGAAUAUGCGAAGCGGGCGUACAAACUGCUGGUUAUGCUGCACUCCGAUUGUGCCGAACUGAUCGGAUUGGUACAGGAAACAGGUGCAAUAAAACGGGAAAUUCGCGAUCUGGAAGAUCAAAUCGAGAAUGAAAAAACGCGCAACACAGCUGCCAAUCUAGCUCAAAUAACGAAUGAUUUGACCGAAAUGCAGAACGAAAGCUUAAGAUUAGAGGAGAGCAUCCGCGAGCUGGAAGAAGCCAUUCGACGCCAGUGAUGAGCUGAGCUGAGCUAACACCAUCGACUUGCUCGAAACAAAUAUCAAUUUUAUUCUCAUACAAGACUAUUACUUUAAGAAAAUAAUCGUAAUAUAAAAUGUGAUUAGGAUUCGGAAUCGAUCAAAACAGUAUCGAAAUUGUUAGCGUAAAGCAAUUCACAUUUUCGGUACGAGAUAUUCUACUCAAAAAGCUGCUGCAACCACUAAAGUGCCCAUUAAA